AUGCGCUUUUCCUUCGCAACCGCCGCCAUCGCCGUCCUCGCCGCUGGCGCUUCGGCUCAAAACGCCAUCUCCAGUCUCGCCAGCGCCGCGACGAGCGCAGUCGGCGGCAACGGCGCCAGCGUCGUGUCGUCUGUCAUCGGCGGAAACGGAGGAUCCGGCAUCGGGUCGCGGGCUUCGUCCGCCCUCGCAGGUGCAGCCAGCGGCAACAGCGGAUCCGUCCCGCCCGUCGUCGCCUCCCUCACCUCGCAGUACGGCUCGAUUCUCGCCGGCGGUGCCCUUCCCACCGGAUCCGCCCUCUCGUCCGACCUUGCCGUCUUGACGAGCGCUCUUGCCAACCCCACCGUCUCCUCCUACGUCUACGCCAACCCCUCUCUCUCUGCCCUCGCCAAAGGCGCCCUCGGCCUCGCCGGUGCCGGCGGAGCUGGCGGAAGCGGCAGCGGCAGCGCUGGAGGAGCUGGCGGAUCCGCCACGGGCAGCUCGGGAGGCGCCCAGUCGUCGUCUGGUCCCAGUUCGGCCGCUGUCUCCCUCUCGACGUUCUCGCCCGGCUUCUUCGGCUCGCUCGCCGUUGUCGCUGGAAUGGCCGUCGGAGCCGUCGCCGUCCUCUAG